GCGUUAUUAUGAGCUCACAACAUAUUCAACCGUAGUCACUGUUACAGCCUCGGAGUCUGCGCUUAAACGACGUCGUCGUCCAUGAGGUUCCUCCUCGGGUUGUGCCCCUGCUUGCGGAAGACCGGCACAGCCUCCGACGCCGCCGCCGACCACGAUCCCAACGCCGCCGCCGACCACGAUCCCAACGCCGCCGCCGACACUCUGGAUCUCAUCUUCGACCUCCACACUCUCCAACUCGCCACCAACUUCUUUUCCAACCUCAACCAACUAGGUCACGGAGGUUUUGGUCCUGUCUUCAAGGGAUUGAUGCCAAAUGGUCAAGAAGUGGCGGUUAAGAAGCUUUCGAUGGAAUCUAGACAAGGAGUUAGGGAAUUCACGAAUGAAGUGAAGCUAUUACUCAAAAUUCAGCACAAAAACUUGGUUACAUUGCUUGGUUGUUGUGCAGAAGGACCUGAAAAGAUGCUUGUCUAUGAGUUUCUCCCAAACAAAAGCCUUGAUCACUUUCUGUUUGAUAAAAGGAGGUCUUCAUCUUUGAACUGGGCAACACGAUUUAGAAUAGUUACUGGUGUGGCUAGAGGACUUCUCUACCUGCAUGAAGAGGCCCCGGAAAGAAUUAUUCACAGGGACAUUAAAGCUAGUAACAUAUUGCUUGAUGAGAAAUUAAAUCCAAAAAUUUCGGACUUUGGCUUGGCAAGGCUGUUUCCUGGGGAGGAUACUCAUGUGCAGACAUUUAGGAUUUCCGGUACACAUGGCUACAUGGCCCCUGAAUAUGCAUUGCGUGGAUAUCUUUCUGUAAAGACGGAUGUUUUCAGUUAUGGAGUUCUGGUGUUGGAAAUAGUUAGUGGAAGAAAAAAUCAUGAUGUGAAGCUUGGUUCAGAAAAAGCAGAUCUCUUGAACUAUGCAUGGACACUAUAUCAAGGAGGUAAGGUAAUGGACUUAAUUGACCCAACGCUUGGUAAAUACAAUGGUGAUGAGGCAGCAAUGUGCAUUCAGCUAGGUUUGUUGUGCUGUCAAGCAAGUAUAAUUGAAAGACCUGACAUGAACACUGUUCAUCUCAUGCUCUCAAGUGAUUCCUUUACUUUGCCAAGACCAAGUAAACCAGGAAUUCAAGGUCGUGCAGGACGUUGGACUACUACCACAACUUCUGCUUUAACCAAUACUAAUGCUAGUAGUGCUACCAAGGCCUCAGGUGGUGGUAGUUCUGCAGAGGAUUAUUCUAGAAAUUCUAUCUCUACUUCAUCCUUUGAUGAAGGAAGAUGACCUCCAUUCAUAUUGUAUAGGGUGUAUAAGAGGCUCUCUCUAUUUAUUUAAGGGUAUUCUUUUUGUAACAUUGUAUUUAUAUUAGUAGAGAAAAAGUUUUAUCUAUUUAAUAAUAUAUAUAGAAUUUAAGCCUGAGUUAGGCAUUUUUGAU